AUGCUGAGCGUGCUGCGAGUGCAUCUGCCGUCGGACAUCCCGAUCGCGGGGUGCGAGCUGUGCCCGUACGUGCUGCUACGCAAGCCCGAUGGCACAAUCACCACGGAGGACAUUCCCGACACCAACCCCAUCGAUGGCUACUACAUCCGCUGCCGCUGGUACCGCGUGCAGAGCGACAAGCGAGUCGCCGUGUGUUCAGUGCACGGCAAUGAACCCGCCACUCUCCAGUGCCUGGGGUGCGUGAAGGCCAAGCUGCCCAUCGCGCGUAGCUACCACUGCUCGCCGCUCUGCUUCCAGGCCGCCUGGCCGCGCCACCGCGCGCUGCACUCGCGCGGCCUCGGCGGAAGCACCCAUGGCAGCAGCGACGGGACUCUCCCGGGGGAGAUAACCUCGGGGGGGGCUGCUGUGGGGGGCGCGGGGGGGGUUGGCGGGGCGCAGAGGCGGGAGAACGGCGCGACGGCGGAGGAGGAGGAGCUAUUUGGGAAGUUCAACAGCGGGAAUGGGACCACGGGGCUGGCGGGAGCGGGGGGAGCACAGGGGGGCAUGGGGAACGGCGCGCCUGGAGGGGGGUACGGGCAGGGGGAGCAGCAGCCGGGAGGGCAGCAGCAGGGGAUGCAGGGUAUGCAGCGGCCGAUGGGGGGGGGAUUCGCGCACAGGCCGCCAGGGGGCCUCGCGUACCAGUCUGACACCACUGGAGGGGGUUCCAACGCUAGUGGUGGCGGCAGUGGGGAGGUGUGGUUUGAAGUGGGCCGGGGGAAACCCUACACGCCCACCACAGACGACGUAGGGCACGUGCUCAAGCUCGAAUGCGUCCCCAUAGAAGCCGCCACUGGGCUCCCCGUCGCGCCCCCCUCCACCCUCCUCACCUCCCGGGUCAUCCCCGCGCCCUCCCCCACCCCCCGGCGGAUGGUCCCUGUGGGGGGCGCGGAGGGGGAGAUGGGGGGAGGCGCGCGCGGAGGGGGAGGGGGGGGCUUCACGGUGCUGUCAUACAAUGUGCUGGCGGACCUGUAUGCGACGAGUGAGAUGUACAGCUACUGCCCGCCCUGGGCGCUCUCGUGGGCGUACAGGAAGCAGAACUUGUUGAGGGAGCUGCUGGGGUAUCGGGCGGAUAUCAUGUGCUUGCAGGAGGUGCAGAGCGACCACUUUGAGGAGUUCUUUGGGCCCGAGCUGGAGAAGCAGGGGUACGCGUCCGUGUUCAAGAAGAAGACCGCCGAGGUAUACACGGGCACGGCCUAUGCCAUAGACGGCUGUGCCACCUUCUUCCGCCGCGACCGCUUCUCCCUUGUCAAGAAGUACGAGGUGGAGUUCAACAAGGCAGCGCUAUCGCUCUCUGAGGCACUCGCACCUCCCACCAAGAAGGCAGCUCUCAACCGCUUGCUCAAGGACAAUGUAGCACUGAUUGUGGUGCUAGAGGCGAGGGAUGCAGGGGGGGCGGAUGGGAAGGACGGGGCUAAUGCGCCUCCUGCCAAGAGACAGCUGCUCUGUGUGGCCAACACGCACAUCCACGCCAACCCAGAACUCAAGGACGUGAAGCUGUGGCAGGUGCACACGCUGCUCAAGGGCCUGGAGAAGAUCGCAGCCAGUGCGGACAUUCCCAUGCUGGUGGCAGGGGACUUCAACAGCGUGCCUGGCAGCGCGCCCCACUCACUGCUCGCCACAGGGCGAGUCGAUGCCAACCACCCAGAGCUCGCCACUGACCCUCUCGGCAUCCUGCGCCCCGCUUCUAAGCUUUGCCACCAGCUGCCGCUGGUCAGUGCAUACGCAUCGUUGAGCCGCGGCGGCUCGGUGGCGGAGAGGCAGCGGCGGCGCAUGGACGCGAGCAGCAGCGAGCCGCUGUUCACAAACGUGACUCGGGAUUUCAUGGGCACGCUGGACUACACCUUCUAUACCGCCGACUCCCUGUCUGUCGAGUCUGUUCUCGAGCUACUAGACGAGGACAGUGUGCGCAAGGACACAGCACUGCCGUCCCCCGAGUGGUCGUCCGACCACCUGGCGCUGCUCACUGAACAAAGGACCCACUCACCCCCUUCUCCGCCCCCUUUCCCCUUCUCCCCUUGCCCCCCAUCCUCUUUCUUCCUCCCCCCCCCCCAAGUUCACGGACGAAGCGAAGGACCGACCGUGGAGUUCACGGACGAAGGACCCUCUGUGGAGGUCCGCGUGCCCAUCCCUGCUGCGCUCCGGCCAAUCCAGGCACGCCACGUGGCGGUGAGCGUGCAGGAGGACGCGCUGUCGGUGGCUGUGACGCCGCCAGCUGGCUUCGGGAGCAAGGAGGGCGCUGUGAAGGGCAAGGAGGGGCGGGAGCGGUCGCUGGUGGUGGCGAGUCCGCUGUAUGGGCGAGUGAAGGCCACUGAUAGUGCAUGGUACAUUGACGACACAGAUAUUGUAAUCACACUCUUUAAACACCCGCAACCUUCCUCCUCCUCCUCUGCACCUUCCGAGCCUGUCUUCCAGGCCUGGCCAACCCUGAUCAAGGGCUGGGAGGCACUGGCAGGGGCGGUGGCCAAUCAGCUGAAGAGCUGUUCCGUGCUGCUGGUGGGCGGCAGCACUCGUCUCAAUGCAGCCGUUGCUGCAGAGCUGGCCACAGGGCUUGGCUAUGCACCAAUCAUGACUCAGCAACUGGUGGAGCAACUAGCAAGUGCCACCAUUGACGAAGUGGCAAGGGAAGAGGGGCUGGACUCAGUGGCUCAAGCCGAGACUGCUCUCUUGGAUCACCUCUCCUCGUACGUACCCUCCAUUCUGCCUUUGGUAACCACCAUGGGCCAGCCCUGCAGUGUGUGCGCCAUGGGCCAGCCCUGCAGUGUGUGCGCCAUGGGCCAGCCCUGCAGUGUGUGCGCCAUGGGCCAGCCCUGCAGUGUGUGCGCCAUGGGCCAGCCCUGCAGUGUGUGCGCCAUGGGCCAGCCCUGCAGUGUGUGCGCCAUGGGCCAGCCCUGCAGUGUGUGCGCCAUGGGCCAGCCCUGCAGUGUGUGCGCCAUGGGCCAGCCCUGCAGUGUGUGCGCCAUGGGCCAGCCCUGCAGUGUGUGCGCCAUGGGCCAGCCCUGCAGUGUGUGCGCCAUGGGCCAGCCCUGCAGUGUGUGCGCCAUGGGCCAGCCCUGCAGUGUGUGCGCCAUGGGCCAGCCCUGCAGUCAAUCUGUAUGUGGGGGUUGCUACUGUGGACCAGCCUCAGGGGGCGUCUCUGCAGGCCAGCAGCUGAGACUCCGCACUCAGCCAGCAGCUGAGACUCCGCACUCAGUCUCUGCAGGCCAGCAGCUGAGACUCCGCACUCAGUCUCUGCAGGCCAGCAGCUGCGACUCCGCACUCAGUCUCUGCAGGCCAGCAGCUGAGACUCCGCACUCAGUCUCUGCAGGCCAGCAGCUGAGACUCCGCACUCACAACCUGCGGGUGGUGGUGGCCACCAUGGGGCAGCCCUGCGGGCAACCUGCGGGUGGUGGUGGCCACCAUGGGGCAGCCCCACGGCAACCUCCGAGUGGUGGUGGCCACCAUGGGGCAGCCCCACGGGGCGUCGCUGCGGCCCGACAGCUGGCGGUUCAUCCACGGAGGAAUCGCGCUCUGGCUGGACGUGAAAGGUGGGCGGGGGGGGGGGGGGGGGGUGGGCAGGGGAGGGUGAGAUGGGCAGGGGAGGGUGGGAUGGGCAGGGGAGGGUGGGAUGGGCAGGGGAGGGUGGGAUGGGCAGGGGAGGGUGGGAUGGGCAGGGGAGGGUUGGGAUGGGCAGGGGAGGGUUGGGAUGGGCAGGGGAGGGUUGGGAUGGGCAGGGGAGGGUUGGGAUGGGCAGGGGAGGGUUGGGAUGGGCAGGGGAGGGUUGGGAUGGGCAGGGGAGGGUUGGGAUGGGCAGGGGAGGGUUGGGAUGGGCAGGGGAGGGUGGGAUGGGCAGGGGAGGGUGGGAUGGGCAGGGGAGGGUUGGGCAGGGGAGGGUGGGAUGGGCAGGGGAGGGUGGGAUGGGCAGGGGAGGGUUGGGAUGGGCAGGGGAGGGUUGGGAUGGGCAGGGGAGGGUUGGGAUGGGCAGGGGAGGGUUGGGAUGGGCAGGGGAGGGUUGGGAUGGGCAGGGGAGGGUUGGGAUGGGCAGGGGAGGGUUGGGAUGGGCAGGGGAGGGUGGGAUGGGCAGGGGAGGGUGGGAUGGGCAGGGGAGGGUGGGAUGGGCAGGGGAGGGUUGGGAUGGGCAGGGGAGGGUGGGAUGGGCAGGGGAGGGUGGGAUGGGCAGGGGAGGGUGGGAUGGGCAGGGGAGGGUUGGGAUGGGCAGGGGAGGGUUGGGAUGGGCAGGGGAGGGUUGGGAUGGGCAGGGGAGGGUUGGGAUGGGCAGGGGAGGGUUGGGAUGGGCAGGGGAGGGUGGGAUGGGCAGGGGAGGGUGGGAUGGGCAUGCGUGAUUGGGCACUGGCGCUGGUCAAUUGGAGAGAGGGCGUUGCUUCAGACAGACAGCUGGCGGGCUCAACCAUGGGGGGAUUGCUCUGGCUUGGGGGCAUCAUUGGGGGCAUCAUUGGGGGCAUCAUUGGGGGCAUCAUUGGGGGCAUCAUUGGGGGCAUCACUGGGGGCAUCACUGGGGGCAUCACUGGGGGCAUCAUUGGGGGCAUCACUGGGGGCAUCACUGGGGGCAUCAUUGGGGGCAUCACUGGGGGCAUCACUGGGGGCAUCACUGGGGGCAUCAUUGGGGGCAUCACUGGGGGCAUCAUUGGGGGCAUCAUUGGGGGCAUCACUGGGGGCAUCACUGGGGGCAUCACUGGGGGCAUCACUGGGGGCAUCACUGGGGGCAUCACUGGGGGCAUCACUGGGGGCAUCAUUGGGGGCAUCAUUGGGGGCAUCAUUGGGGGCAUCAUUGGGGGCAUCAUUGGGGGCAUCAUUGGGGGCAUCACUGGGGGCAUCAUUGGGGGCAUCAUUGGGGGCAUCAUUGGGGGCAUCAUUGGGGGCAUCAUUGGGGGCAUCAUUGGGGGCAUCAUUGGGGGCAUCAUUGGGGGCAUCAUUGGGGGCAUCAUUGGGGGCAUCAUUGGGGGCAUCACUGGGGGCAUCACUGGGGGCAUCACUGGGGGCAUCACUGGGGGCAUCACUGGGGGCAUCACUGGGGGCAUCACUGGGGGCAUCACUGGGGGCAUCACUGGGGGCAUCACUGGGGGCAUCACUGGGGGCAUCACUGGGGGCAUCACUGGGGGCAUCACUGGGGGCAUCACUGGGGGCAUCACUGGGGGCAUCACUGGGGGCAUCACUGGGGGCAUCACUGGGGGCAUCAUUGGGGGCAUCAUUGGGGGCAUCAUUGGGGGCAUCAUUGGGGGCAUCAUUGGGGGCAUCAUUGGGGGCAUCAUUGGGGGCAUCAUUGGGGGCAUCAUUGGGGGCAUCAUUGGGGGCAUCAUUGGGGGCAUCAUUGGGGGCAUCAUUGGGGGCAUCACUGGGGGCAUCACUGGGGGCAUCACUGGGGGCAUCACUGGGGGCAUCACUGGGGGCAUCAUUGGGGGCAUCACUGGGGGCAUCAUUGGGGGCAUCACUGGGGGCAUCACUGGGGGCAUCACUGGGGGCAUCAUUGGGGGCAUCAUUGGGGGUGGGUGGGCCACAAGGAAGUUGAUCCAUGGGAAACGUGGGUGGAUGCAUGGGGAAGAUGUGUCGAGCGGCAUCAGAGCUGGAUAUCACAUGGAGGGAUUGCAGAAGCUUUGCUCCCAACCUUAUUCAAUCCCCACAUCCAUCCUCUCAGGAGACUCUGACAGCCUUCCGGACCCUCAUUUCUCGGACAGAGCUGACGUGGCGAUCAGAUUGCACCUGCCAGCUGGCUGGAGCACGGACGACACAGUCAGCGCUGACGUGGCGCGGGCGGCCGCAGAGGGAGCGCUGACAGCUGUCAAAGCGGCAUUGGAUGCGGAUCCCCAACUACCAGGGAAGAAGAGCCUGUAUGUGAGAAUGGGGUGCAGGGGAGACUGGCCUGACCUCAUGCCACCAAGCUGGGACCCCAACGCCCAACCAGGCGAAGCAGAAGUUGCAGCCACAGGGGAGGGAAGUGCUUAG